GCGAAAAUCAAAGUUGGGCAGCAUCGUUUUGCAGUCUUAUGGCUUAAUUUUCUGCUUUUUAAAGUGAAAAAUAAUGUUCUACUAGUUUCACCUGUCCGGAAAACCAAGCAAUUCUACAAUGGCACAACUUUUGCGAGGAAAGAAGAGCAUUGACUUGAGGUUUAGAUACAAACGACCGGCGGUCUACGCUGUAAGUCGUGUAAACUUUUCCGGCUUCACAUUUGGCGGUGAUGGCAGUGGGUCGAACCGUCAGAAUUUUCAUCGUCGGCAGCAUGAGUUUCUUCGGAGACCGCGGUUCGGAGGUUACCAGUAUUACCAAUCAUCCCGAGGGUACGGCAUGCUAGUAGGUCGAGUUCUGCGGGGUGUUCUUAAGCUGCGUUAUCUGAUUCUGGGUGGUGCAAUUGGUGGCGGAGUUACCCUUAACAAGCGCUACGAGGAAUGGAAGGAUGGAUUGCCGGAUAUGAAAUGGCUAGAUGAAGUUUUGCCCGACAAUGAAAAGUGGGGAAAAUUCACUAAGAGUUUAUUGGCGAUAAAGGAUUCAGUAAAGGACUCCAUCGAGAUUGAUCCUCGCUUGAAACAGCUCAGCGAAAAUAAGAUCAACGAAUGGCGCGAGUGGUUCGACCAACGGUUGGACAAUGCAAUCGAGGCAGCCGAAACGCAACAGAACCCACAAAUUGAGAGUUCCUUCCAGAAUUUAUCUGAGCUUGUAUCAGAGUUAUACGGAGCAACCAAAGAAGAACUUCGCAGCAAGAACACCGUCAACGCUAAAACUUUGACGACAGAGGAGAGUCGCAGGCGGGUAGAGACGUUACAAUCCCAAGUGGACAGUCUGCAGACAGAGAUCAUGAACGUGCAGCUGAAAUAUCAGCGAGAAAUCGAAAAGCUGGAAAAGGAAAACCGAGACCUGCGUCAGCAGUUUCUGAUUCUGAAAACGAACCGGAAACAACCGGCCAAAAAACGCAUUAAAAAGUCCCUCAUCGAUAUGUACUCUGAGGUGCUGGACGAGCUGUCCGGAUACGACACAAGCUACAGUACCGCAGACCAUCUACCUCGAGUCGUGGUCGUGGGUGAUCAAAGUAGUGGCAAAACCUCAGUACUAGAAGCGAUCGCUCAGGCUCGAAUUUUCCCUCGCGGUAGUGGAGAAAUGAUGACUCGCGCACCGGUCAAGGUAACACUUUCGGAGGGACCCUAUCAUGUGGCGCAGUUUCGCGAUUCCGAUCGAGAGUAUGACCUAACGCGGGAGAGUGACUUGGUUGAGCUGCGUCGUGACGUGGAGAUCAGAAUGCGAAAUUCGGUGCGAGGUGGAAAAACAGUUAGCAUGGAUGUAAUUUCGAUGACGGUCAAAGGUCCCGGCUUGCAGCGGAUGGUGCUGGUCGAUCUGCCUGGUAUAAUUUCGACACAGACGGUGGAUAUGGCUGCCAAUACGAAGGAUUCGAUCAAGCAGAUGACCGAGCAUUAUAUGAGCAAUCCGAAUGCGAUUAUUUUGUGUAUACAGGACGGCUCGGUGGAUGCCGAACGCAGCAAUGUAACUGACAUGGUUUCAAAAUGUGAUCCGCUUGGGAAGCGAACCAUUUUCGUGCUAACCAAAGUUGAUAUGGCUGAGGAUCUGGCGGAUCCGAAUCGCAUUCGAAAGAUCCUCUCGGGUAAAUUGUUCCCGAUGAAGGCUCUUGGUUAUUUCGCAGUCGUUACCGGGCGGGGACGAAAAGACGACACAAUCGAAACGAUUCGUGAGUACGAGGAGAAGUUCUUCAAGAAUUCUAGACUAUUCCAAAGCGGCGUCACUAUGUCCCAUCAAGUUACGACAAGAAACCUAAGUCUGGCGGUAGCUGACCGGUUUUGGAAGAUGGUACGCGAAACGAUUGAACAGCAAGCGGAUGCAUUCAAGGCAACAAGGUUCAAUUUGGAAACUGAAUGGAAAAAUAAUUUUCCCAGGUUACGCGAAUCUGGUCGAGAUGAGCAGUUUGAGAAGGCCAAAGGAGAAGUUUUGGAUGAAGUCGUGAAUCUUUCACAAGUUUCGGCCAAAAAGUGGGAAGAGCUACUGAACGAUAAGCUUUGGGAGAAGCUAUCCAAUUAUGUGUUCGAAAACGUUUAUCUUCCAGCAGCACAAUCUGGUUCGCAAAAUUCCUUCAACACUAUGGUAGACAUCAAGUUGCGCCAAUGGGCAGAACAAGCGCUUCCAGCUAAAUCUGUUGAAGCAGGUUGGGAAGCUUUGCAGAAAGAGUUUCAACAUCUCAUGGAGAUUGCGCGAAAAACGCCUGACCAUGAUAAUCUAUACGACAACCUCAAGAGUGCUGUGAUCGAUGAAGCAAUCCGACGACACUCAUGGGAGGACAAAGCGAUCGAUAUGCUGCGAGUUAUUCAGCUGAACACGCUGGAAGAUCGCAACGUACACGACAAGCAGGAAUGGGACCAAGCGGUACGCUUCUUUGAAACAUCGGUCAAGGAAAAGUUGCAGCUCACAGAGCACACGAUUAGCGAAAUGUUUGGUCCAUCAACGUCCGAAAAGUGGCUCCAGUGGCGCUCAUCAACGGAUGAGCAAAACAAACGGAAGCAUGUGAAAAACGAGCUGGAUAAAAUACUGUCCAGCGAUUCGAAACAUUCUCCCACCUUGAGCUACGAUGAACUAACAACAGUGCGAAAAAACCUCCAACGAGGCAACGUAGAGGUUGAAACGGAUUACAUCCGAGAAACCUGGUAUCCAAUCUACAGACGACACUUCCUUAAGCAAGCCCUGAACCAGGCAUACGACUGUCGUAAAGCGUAUUACUUGUACACACAACAGGGAUCGGAAUGUGAGGUCAACUGUAGUGAUGUUGUACUUUUCUGGCGAAUUCAGCAAGUUCUUAAGGUUACUGCCAACGCCCUUCGGCAGCAGGUUAUAAAUCGAGAAGCUCGCCGCCUUGAUAAGGAGAUUAAAGAGGUUCUCGAUGAGUAUGGCGAAGAUGAUGAUAAAAAGCAACAAUUGCUAACUGGAAAGCGUGUUACAUUAGCCGAAGAACUGAUUCGAGUGCGGCACAUACAGGAGAAACUGGAAGAAUUUAUUAACGCUCUCAAUCAGGAAAAGUGAACCUGUUCUUUUGAAGACUCUUGGUAGAUCUAGUCUAUCCGAAAACUUACAAGGCAAAGGCGCAUAAUCGAUUUAUGCUCGACUGUCUCGAUGUAAAUGACUAACGAAUAAUUAAGCACUGCUCACUACAUUCACCUACACGCAUACAUUGAAGUUCGAAGUGCUAAAAGCAAACUACUAUUCCAAUUAAGCUAUUUAUUAUAUAAAAGUUUUUUUUUUUCGUUGAUUUCAAAUUGCGUUUGGUCACGAGGACCGUUUAUUGGCGACUCAAUUGCAUCUGUACUCACUCAUUACAUUUUAGUUAUAAGGUUCAACUAUCGGGACAAGCUUAAGUCAUGCCAAUGUGUUGUGAUUUUUGCUAAUUUUGGUGUAAACAUUGCGAUAGAAAAUUAAAAGAUCAAUGAAGGCUAAAGAAAAUAAAUUUUUGUGUCCACGUACAGCAUCAA